AUGAGUGAAACUGAAACAUCUGUCACCACAGCUGCUUGUCCUAUAUGUGGUAAAAGCUUUGCGCAAAAGCUGCUUGAACGGCAUGUUAAUUCCUGUUUAGAUAACCAAGAAGCUCAUACAGUUGAAGAAUUAAUCCCAUCUUCAUCAUCAAAUACUGAAGUUUUAGCAGCUAAUGAUGAUGAGGUAGAAGUUAUAGAAGAGAAUAAGAAACGAAAACCUGAAAAUCCCUUUUCGGUAUUGGGUCUUAAGAUGGAUUCCUCAAAUAAGAAAAAGAAGUUGGAAAAACUUCAAAAGAGUAAACCUACUUUAACUAAGAUCCUAAUUGAAGAGAUGAAAAUACAAUCUCAAGCUAAGAAGAAAUCAAAAGAAGAGGAAUCAUUUACAGAAACUUCAUUUGAUCAAUUGGUUAAAGAGUUCCCUUUAGAUGAAUCAAAGGAUCAAGAAGAAGAUGUAAAGAAUGAAGAUAGUAGUAACGCAACCCAGGAAAUUAUAGAUUCUACUGCUCUAACUCAAUCACAACCUUCAAAACCACCUAGACAGUCUGAUAUACUCACUAAAGCACAAGAACUUUUGAAGUUGAAAAGAGAAGCAAGUAUACCGUUAGCGCAAAGAUUGCGACCAAAAUCAUUAGAUGAUUUCUUUGGUCAAGAAAAGCUUCUAGGUAAGAAUGGGUUAUUACGAAACAUUAUAAGAGCAGAUACUAUUCCAUCAUUUAUACUAUGGGGAUCUCCAGGGGUAGGUAAGACUUCAUUAGCGAGAAUCAUAGCUCAUGAAACAAGUUGCAAAUUUAUGGAAUUAUCUGGAGCAGAUAGUAAUACUAAGAAAUUACGAGAAGUAUUCCAACAAGCUGAAAAUGAAAAGAAUCUUACUGGAAGGAAGACCAUACUAUUCUUAGAUGAAAUUCAUAGGUUUAAUAAAGCUGUGCAAGACUUAUUAUUGCCGGUUAUUGAAAAGGGAGUUUUAACUGUUAUUGGUGCUACUACUGAAAACCCAUCAUUUAUUAUUAAUAAUGCAUUACUAUCAAGAAUGCAUACAUUCGUCAUGGAACCAUUAUCUUCUGAAGCCAUUAUUAAAAUAUUGGAGAGAGCCUUAUUUCAAAUUAAUAAAUUUCGAAGACUACUAUAUGAGUUACAUUAUAUCUCCUUAAAGAAAGAUUCAUUCGAGCAUAUUGCUGAAUUAUCGAUGGGUGAUUCAAGAGUGGCACUUAAUAUAUUAGAAUCUAUAAAUGCAUUCUUAUCAACUGAUAAUUUCUCAAUCAAUAAUGAUAAACGUGCAGGGGUGAUAAAUAUAUCUGCUAAUAUGCUUAAACCAUUACUAAAGACAAGAAAUUUUCACAAUAUGUAUGAUAAGCAAGGUGAGUCUCAUUAUGAUACUAUUAGUGCCUUUCAUAAAUCUGUGAGAGGGUCGAAUGCUGAUGCAGCCAUGUUUUAUCUUGUUAAAAUGUUAAGUGGAGGAGAAGAUCCCAUGUUCAUUGUCAGGAGAAUGAUAGUGAUGGCCAGUGAGGAUAUAGGAUUGAGAGAUAGUUCAUGUUUACCAUUUGCCAUUGCUGCUAAAGAAGCUAUAGAAUUUGUCGGUAUGCCAGAAGGAGAAAUUAUCUUAGCUCAUUGUGCAAUGAAAAUGGCUCGAGCUCCAAAAUCAACUAAAUCUUAUCGUGCCUUACGGUCAGCUCAGCAAUUAUUAAAAGAAAAUCCUGAUAUUACAAAGUUACCUAUUCCCAUGCAAUUAAGAAACGCUCCGACAAACUUAAUGAAAGAACUUGGUUAUGGUGAUUCAUAUAAGUAUAAUCCUGGUUUUAAGAAUGGUGUUGUUAAACAGAAAUAUUUCCCUGAAGGUAUGGAUGAGUAUAAGUUCAUGGAACCAACUCAUUUGGGUACUGUGGUUGACACUGAAGCUCCAGCUGAAAAUCACAGACGAGCGGCAGCAAAAGUUGCUGAAUAUAAUUCAUUCAAAAAAGCCAAACGAAAAUAUUUGAAAGAAGAUUAUUUAAAAUCAUUGAAACGGAAAAAAUCACAGAAUAUCCAGAAAACUGAGACUGAAGCAGGUUAUUCAUAUGACGAGUUCUUAAGUAAAGAAGAUCAACCCGAUUAUUUUGAUGGUGAUGAAAUUGAUGAAUAUUCCGAUGAUCCUGAAAGUACAAAUAAUUUUGAAAAAUCCUAUGAUGAAUUCUUAGAUCGUGACUCUCAACCCGAGUACUAUGUAAAUGAUGAUUCUGAUAAUGUCAGCAUUUUUGAUACUGAUUAA